AUGCCGCCGCUACCACAACCAAAGAAAUGCAGGAUCGGGUCGGGACCUCAAAACGAGUGGUACUUCUUUAGCCACAAGGACAAGAAAUAUCCGACUGGGACCCGAACCAACCGGGCCACUGCAGCCGGGUUCUGGAAGGCUACUGGUAGAGACAAGUCUAUACAUCUCAACAGCUCCAAGAAGAUUGGACUUCGUAAGACUCUUGUCUUCUACACUGGUCGUGCUCCUCAUGGCCAUAAAACUGAAUGGAUCAUGCAUGAAUAUCGCCUUGACGAUAAUGAAAACGAAAUACAAGAAGAUGGGUGGGUUGUAUGCAGAGUGUUCAAGAAGAAGAAUCAUUUCAGAGGAUUUCACCAAGAACAAGAUCAAGAUCAUUACCAAUACAUAAGCACUAACAAUGAUCAUGAUCACCAUCAUCAUCAGCAUCAGCAUCAUAUUGAAUCUAAUUCAAACAAUCAUUCUUCUUUGAUCCCUCAUUCUCUGGAUCAUCAUCACAUGGGAAGACAUGUCCACAUGCCAUUACAUGAGUUUGCAAACACUUUAAGCCACGGGUCAAUGCAUCUCCCUCAGCUCUUUAGCCCUGAUUCGGCCCAACCGUUUGUGUCGUCAAUCAACACAACAGACAUUGAAUGCUCACAGAAUCUACUGAGGCUGACUUCUAACAACAACUAUGGUGGAGACUGGUCGUUUCUUGACAAGCUUCUCACUACAAACAACAUGAAUCAGCAACAGCAAAAUCAAGUGCAGAACCACCAAGCAAAAUGUUUUGGUGACUCGAGUAACAACGGUAACGACCAGGCUGUUACUCAUGACAACGGUGGUUCCUCUUCAUCUCCAGUUAAUCAAAGGUUCCCAUUUCACUAUCUGGGAAGCAAUGAUAAUCUUCCCAAGUUCCCAAAGUAG